AUGGAUGUAUACGAUGAAGCUAAAGUACGCAUCACGGACCUGCAGAAAAGAGCGAAACGUAUCUAUGAUGCAGGAGAGUUAAUGGUCGGGAAAGAACCGACAAAAACUGAAAGAACGAGAUUUAGAAUUAUCUACGCCACUUCGGAGAAUUUAAACACCGAUUUUGAAAGUCAGUUAUCAGUCAUUAAUCGUAACAUGGGUAAACCUGGUGUUGAAGUGGUUGAUGCUGAUAAGUUACGAGAGGACUUUGAAACAGUUUACUUUGGUUGUAACAUUUUUGGAUGA